AUCCAAUUCCUCGUCUCGAAAUUGAACUUGUCUUCUACACACUCUCUCUCUCACUCUUUCUCUCCCUCAACGGAAACUCGUAGAAAAUUGGAAACUGUGAGAAACUGAUGGUAAAAGUUUCAAGCUUUGAAAGUCUUCUGCUAUGAAAUGCCGAAUCUGCGCUAGUUUCUUUACAUGAGCGCACCGUUUGGAGACCCGAUCGCUUCUAAUUCCAGUGCCGCCGGAGCUCAGCCUAACAAGGAACCAAAAAUGGCGUCAGCUGAGCAAUUGGUGCUCGAACUCAGUAACCCUGAUCUUCGUGAAAAUGCCCUCCUUGAACUCUCGAAGAAGAGAGAAUUAUUUCAAGAUUUGGCUCCAUUGUUGUGGAAUUCUUUUGGUACUAUUGCUGCUCUGCUACAGGAGAUAGUUUCAAUUUACCCUGUUCUGUCACCACCAAAUUUAACUCCGGCUCAAUCAAAUCGAGUUUGCAAUGCUUUAGCUCUUCUUCAGUGUGUGGCUUCUCACCCAGACACCAGGAUGUUAUUCCUUAAUGCUCAUAUACCUUUGUAUUUGUACCCUUUCCUUAAUACAACAAGCAAGUCAAGGCCUUUCGAGUACUUGAGGCUUACUAGCUUAGGUGUCAUUGGUGCCUUAGUGAAGGUCGAUGAUACAGAAGUGAUUAGUUUUCUUCUGUCAACAGAAAUAAUUCCACUGUGCCUGCGCACUAUGGAAAUGGGUAGUGAACUCUCAAAAACAGUGGCCACAUUUAUUGUUCAAAAGAUUUUGUUAGAUGAUGUGGGCUUGGAUUAUAUUUGUACUACAGCUGAGCGGUUUUUUGCAGUAGGUCGAGUCUUGGGAACCAUGGUAGCAUCACUUGCUGAGCAGCAUUCAUCGCGCUUAUUAAAACAUAUUAUCCGAUGUUAUCUUCGAUUGUCAGAUAACGCAAGGGCUUGUGAUGCUUUAAGAAGUUGUCUUCCGGAGACAUUAAGAGAUGCUACCUUCAGUGGUUGCCUUCGUGAAGAUCCAACUACAAGGAGAUGGCUGCAGCAGUUGCUUCACAAUGUUGCGGUUAGUCGGGUUCCUGCACUUCAGGCCGGAGGAGGGUUUGAUCAUAUGAUGGUGAACUAAUAUAAAUAAUUCAAUGUUGUCCUUGGGCUGCCAUCUGCUGUUUAUGCAUCAGAGAGGGGCUGCAUGCUUCUUAUUUAUCUACCUCAGUGCUAAUGGGAAAAUUUCAUCUUUGUAAUUACAAAAUGUUUCUUCUGUAAACUUGGCCUGAAAAGGCGAAGCUUUUAACUAUUGACCUUCCAAGAGAAGUCAAUUGUUCCCAGAAGAAAUUGUCUUCUUGGCUGAUUUCAUGUGUAAUUUUUUGAAUUGUUCGGUUUAUUUAACAAACCCCCAUUAUGGCAAAAUUAUUCCUAAUAAAGUAAGCCUUUCUUUUGACA